AUGGCUGAAGGGCACAAUAUCUACGGGUACAACCCCUCUCUUCCUGCCGCUAUCAUCUUUAUCAUUCUCUUUGGCAUCACGACCGCUUACCAUGGCUAUCAACUCACAAAGUCACGAUGCUGGUACUUCAUUCCCUUCGUGAUUGGCGGAAUCUUCCAGGUGAUCGGAUACAUCUGUCGAGCUGCAUCGCAUGAUAACUUCUAUGGAAUCCCUCUAUAUGCGAUGCAGUCUCUGUUUAUCCUGCUCGCACCACCGCUGUACGCGGCAUCGGUCUACAUGAUCCUUGGGCGAACAAUGACCUAUCUCCACGCCGAGCACCUGAGCCUGGUGCCAGUCAAAUGGAUGACAAAGAUCUUUGUGGGGGGAGAUGUGUUCUCCUUUCUCUUACAGUGCUCUGGUGGUGGCCUCAUGGCUACAGCAGGUUCCAUGCGUGAAACCGGUUCGAACAUCACAAUUGGCGGUCUAGUCAUCCAGCUUCUCUUCUUCGGCUUCUUUGUGGUUGUCACAACGGUCUUCCACUUCCGCAUCUCGCGUCAGCCAACCUCCAAAUCGCAGUCAGAUCGUGACCAAUCCCGCAGUGACGGCUUCAAACAGCGCAAUUGGUUUACCAUCCUGAUCGCGCUGUACAUUGUCAGCUUUUUGAUUCUGGUCCGGUCUGUGUUCCGAUUGGUUGAAUACAAAGAGGGUUACGAUGGGUACACCAUGACGCAUGAGGUUUUCAUGUACAUCUUCGACGGCCUCCUGAUGUUUAUCGCCAUGGCUGUGAUGAAUUUGUACCACCCCGCUGAGAUCAUUGGGGAUGGAAAAGUUGGGAGUCAGGAAUAUUCGGGUGGAAUGCAACUUGAAUAG